GCUCCAGCACGGGGGGCACUGGGGUCCAUGGUGUGCACUGGUGAUGCUGGUCCUGGCCCCCAUGGUCACGGAUGGGGACCGAGGACCCCCGGACUGUGAGGACCGACCCGUGUCUGCCAAUGGGAUCCUGGAGCUGCUUCCAGGGACCCCCCCGUGGGAAUGGAGCAGAGUCCGAUGGAGAACGGGGCUGGAUGCAGGCUCCUACCGGGUGAUCCUGGUGGCCGAGCGGGACGGAGCCGCAUCCAUGCGUAAGGGUCCGUUCUCCGGGAGAGCCGUUUUCCAGCAGGAUCCCCUUUCCCUGCGGAUCAGCCCUGUCCUUGCGGCCGAUGCGGGGCUCUAUGAGGCGGAGUUUGAGGCCCCCGGGGGUGCCCUGAGCCCCCGAUGCUUCCGUGUGUCCGUAUGGGAGCCGCUUCAGCCUCCGCACGUCGAGAGCCUCAUCCUGCCCGAGCCCCGGGGCUGGUGCAACCUCUCCCUGCUCUGCACUGCAACCGGUGCUGGACCCGUCUCCUACAGCUGGUCCUGCAAUGGGGAUGCGGUGAUGGAGCCGGGGCCCCGGCUGCAGCUGCGGCUCCAUGCGGGUGCCGACCCCAUCGUGUGCCGGUGCAAUGUGAGCAACGCGGUGAGCUGGAGCUCGGCCGACGCCAGCGCCUCUGCCGCCUGCACCGGGCUCUUCAGCACCUUCCCACCCUGGGCAGUGGCAUUGGCAGUGGCUGUGCCUGUCCUGCCCAUUGCCAUAGCCCUGCUCAUCACCUGCAGCCGGAGGAGGACACGACAAAGGGAUCCCCCAGGACACAUGGAACAGGCGCUCACUGUCUACGAGGAGGUGGGGAAAGACCAAACAGGACGAGCCCAUAGCACAGGAGGAAAUGAGAGCACAUCGGGGGAAAGCACCGUCUAUGCUGUCAUCUGCAAGGCACAGGGCCCCAGCCUCCAACGGGAGCCCGAAAGCAGAACCAUUUACACCAGUGUGCAGCCCAGCAGGCAGUCUCCAUCGCUCAGGAGGAAGAGGCUGGACCCUGCUUUGGUUUCCACUGCCUAUGUAGAGGUUAUGGGGUGCCCCGGACGCCCCCCAUCACAUAUGGUGUCCCCAGCUCCUCCCGGCCCCCACCUCUCCUAGAGCCCCAGCAGGACCUUCCCCAAUGGAGCACCCAGAGACCCCCAGCACCCACUGGGAUCCCACCCAGCAAAGCACCCUCAGGAUGGAACCGGGGAUCAAAUCCCAGGCUU